AUGCCUGCCCCGAUUCCUGUCCAAUUCUUGUAUGGACCGGCAAAAGUCGCUCUAGAGGCAAUGAUCUUUUUGAGAAUUGAUUCCCCGGUACUCUCAAAAUGGACACCUUCCGAAAACUCCAGCCAAGAUGCUAGAAUGCUGCUAGACGCCUGCAAGGCUUUGAGGAACAGCAGGUCUCGGGAAACGUAUCUGGAUGAGAACAUUUCUCUUGAGGAAGGCUUGCGCGCCUUCGAGGGGAAUGUUUUGCACAGUCUCAGUUACAGUACUGUUCUAAUGCUAGCACUGAUGACCUGGCAUUUCGAUGCUUCGUCUUCUGAAGCGUCGCGGGGCUUGAUUGCUUUCUUGAGACAGCCUCACGACAAUGAAGUGAGGAGAAUACUCCAAGGUCGAUACUCAAGCAUUAUGCUUGAGACGGCCCCUUCGAACUUCGACUUUUUGCUUGUCCUGAAUUGA